CAACGGUUAUUCCAAGUUAAGCCUAUCUUUACCCAGAACUUUUGUGAGUUUGCAACGGUUAUUUCAAGUUAAGCCUUUCUUUAGGUAGAGCAUUCUAUCCUGAUUUAGAAUGUGCUUCUAAACGUCAAUAUGAAGAAAAGACACAGGUUAUUCUGCUCCAAAUAAGGCCGCCAAAAUUUCUUCUUGGAUAUCAGCAGUGCCCGCCACGGGCCCACUACCGACAGGGCACGUGGCUCCUCCACCCUUAGCUCCUCCAGACCUCAAUGGCUCUGAAGACGAUGAUUCCAAGGACUCUAGUGGAGGUGGUAAAAAUGACCUCUCCUCCUCGGACGCUGAGGGUGUGUGGAGCCCCGAUAUUGAACAGAGUUUCCAAGAAGCUCUGGCCAUUUAUCCUCCUUGUGGCCGGAGAAAGAUUAUCCUCUCAGAUGAAGGCAAAAUGUAUGGUCGUAAUGAGUUGAUAGCCCGCUAUAUAAAAUUACGAACUGGAAAGACGCGUACUAGAAAGCAAGUCUCUUCUCACAUUCAAGUACUAGCCAGGCGGAAAGCUCGAGAAAUACAAACCAAACUAAAGGUGCAUCAGGAUCAAACUUCAAAAGAAGCUGCUGUGCAGUCGAUGUCCUCCAUGUCAUCUGCUCAGAUCGUCUCCUUAUUUUACUCACAGGACCAAGCUGCCAAGGAGAAGGCCCUCCAGUCACUAACGUCCCUCUCAUCCGCCCAAAUUGUCUCCGCCACUGCCAUCCACAACAAGGCCGCUGGGCUCGCAUCACUCGUACCUCCCGUCAACUAUAGUGGAACGCCUGUAAGCAAGUUCUGGCAACCCGGUAUUACUCAAGCUGGAACUUCAGAAGACAUUAAACCAUUUGCUAGUCAGCCUUAUGGAAUAGGGCACAAACCACCUGUAACCGUUCCCGCCUCUAGUGUUGAGCUCCUUAGUCCGCCAUCACCCUGGGAGGGAAGAGCGAUUGCCACUCACAAGUUAAGGCUUGUUGAGUUGUCCGCCUUCAUGGAGCAGCAGAGGGAUCCUGAAAAUUAUCAAAAACAUCUAUUUGUACAUAUAGGAGGCCUGCCAAGUUAUAGUGAUCCUUUAUUAGAAGCUGUUGCCAUUCGGGAAAUCUAUGAUAAAUUUCCUGAGAAGAAAGGUGGUCUGAAAGAGCUUUAUGACAAAGGUCCACAAAAUGCUUUCUUCUUAAUUAAAUUUUGGGCAGACCUUAAUACAAAUAUUGAAGAUGAAGCAGGUGCUUUUUAUGGAGUCAGUAGCCAGUAUGAAAGUAAUGAUAACAUGACUAUCACCUGCAGUACUAAAGUUUGCUCAUUUGGGAAAAAUGUAGUGGAGAAAGUUGAAACGGAGUAUGCAAGAUUUGAAAAUGGAAGGUUUGUGUACAGGAUUCAUCGAUCUCCCAUGUGUGAAUAUAUGAUAAACUUCAUCCACAAGUUAAAACAUUUGCCAGAAAAAUAUAUGAUGAAUAGUGUGUUAGAAAACUUUACAAUUUUACAGGUAGUGACAAACAGAGAUACUCAAGAGACACUGUUGUGUAUAGCAUAUGUUUUUGAAGUUUCAACGAGUGAGCAUGGAGCCCAGCAUCAUAUCUAUCGACUCAUCAAAGACAUUUAAUUUCGUCCACAAAAAUAAUCAUUGUCGAACAUCACUUCGAGUGCCUCUCUUUGAAACGGUUCAUUGCCUUGUAAAUAAUCAUCAAUCUCAAUGACUUCUGAAAGUGAUUAUUUAAAUCACUUGUUAUCAACAUAGUGACUUAUUUUUACAUGUUUAGAAGCAGCAUCUAUAUGUUUUUAAUUGUAAAAAAAAAUAUUAAAAAAAAUACAAAUUUUUUCAUUCCUCAUCACAAGCAUCGAGCAGCCACGCUUUUAACUGCUCAGAAUAAAAGACAUUCACAUUUUUGGACGAACACCAUUGUACAUAUUUUUGUAUUAGAUUUUUUUAUUAUUAUUUUUUUUUUCUGUUCAAGUUUUAGCUGUAUCUUUCAACUGUUGAUUUUAUGCUCUAAAAAAAGAAUUGUCCACAAAAAGUUUCUUGGCAGCUAAAAUAGUACAUUUUUAAUGUUUUAAAACUGGUCUGGUUAAGGCAAAAUUCAUUUUAUAGAAAUUUGAUCAAAAUGCCAGGAUCAAAAAAAUUGAGUGAAAUUUGUUGUAAUAUAUACCAUGCAGUAAAUUAAUGAAGGGAAUUUUAAUAUAGUGUGAUUCGCCUUUAGUAUUAAAAUUUGUUUCUAGUUGUAAGUUGAAUGUAUCAGUAUUUUUAAUUCAAGAGUUUUAUUUAGUAAAAAUAAAAUUCUCAUACAUUGGAUGACUUAUAAAACACUUAUACUGCCUAAUAUAUUCAACUUUUAACCUCUUUUGUUUAAUUUUCUAUAAAGCUUUUAGUGAUUUUGCUGAAGAAUAAUGGACCAAAGAUUUAUUAUAAAAUAUUGAAGCAAUAUUUGAAUUUUAUAAUUUUAAUAAUAAUUCAUUACACUGAU